UUCGCCAGGCCGAGGGCUUGACCGCCCCGGCUCACCCUUAAUCCCAAAGGGCCAGCUAGAAGGGCGCCUGCCGAGGCUGAAUUUCCGCCCUCCGCCAGUCCCACCGGCUCCCCUUCUUUGUCGAGGGGUGGAAGGUACCUCGCCAUUAAAGAGGAUCCAGGUUGACUCCUUUUGAGUUCCUUAAGGUGGGUGGGGGGGAGAGGAGAAGCGCCGAGAUUAGUAGUAGCCGCGCCCGAGAAACAGGAGCGGCCGCGCUUGUCAAGAGUCAAAUUAAUUACACGCUCCCCUCCCCCCCUUCGUCGGCUACUCGCCGCUCCGCACGCAGGACUUGGCCAUUGAAGAGAAAAAAAAUCCCAACAAAGUUGGCUCGAUUCCUGAUUGCAGCGUUGUUACUUGACGGAGCGGUAUGAGAAGUUUACAACCAGUUCUGCAAUGAGCAAACAGCUAUUACCAAAGAAGAUGCCUUUGGAUUUUAGGAAUGUCUGUGUCCUUCUGCCAGAUCGAGACCAGCUCAGUUUGACUGUUGGGGUAAAAGCCACAGGACAGGAACUCUUUGAUCAAGUUUGUGAUGUACUGAAAAUUAAAGACCCUCACUUCUUUGGCAUCAGCGUUGUAAAAAAUAAUGAAUAUGUAUUUAUUGAUCUGGAGCAGAAGCUUUGUAAAUAUUUUGUAAAGGAGUGGAAGAAAGAAGGAAGCAGAGGAACAGAAAAGUUCAUCCCUCCUUUGGUUGCAUUCUUCAGAGUACAGUAUUAUGUAGAAAAUGGACGAGUUAUAAGUGACAGAAUGGCCCGGCAUUAUUACUACUGCCAUCUGAGGGAACAAGUGUUGAAGUCACGAUGCACCAACAAAGAAGAAAUCUACUUCCUACUGGCUGCUUAUGGUCUGCAGGUUGACCUUGGUGACUACAAAGAUAAUGUCCAUGGAGAGAACUAUUUUGAACCACAGACAUAUUUCCCUCAGUGGAUCAUUGCCAAACGGGGGAGUGACUACAUCCUGAAGCAUGCACCAGAGAUGCACCGAGAACAGAAAGGGCUGACAACCAGAGAAGCAAUUCUGAAGUAUGUGAAGGAGUCAUGUCUGCUGGAAGAUGUCCCUGUCCACUUCUACAGAUUGCAUAAGGAUAAAAAGGAGGAUCGUCCUACAGUCAUCCUUGGUUUGACGCUUAAAGGGAUACACAUCUAUCAGGAAAUAAACCAUGUUCGUCAAUUACUUUAUGAUUUUCCCUGGUCAUAUAUUGGAAAAGUUGCAUUUUUGGGGAAAAAAUUUGUGAUCCAGCCAGAUGGCUUGCCUUCUGCCCGUAAGUUGGUUUACUACACAGGCUGCCCCUUCCGAUCUCGGCAUUUGCUACAGCUGCUCAGCAACAGUCAUCGGUUGUUUCUUAAUAUCCAGCCUGUACUCAAACAGAUCCAGCUAAUGGAAGAUGCAGAAGAGAAAAAGAGGUAUCGAGAAUCCUACAUCAGUGAUACUUUGGAGAUAGAUUUUGAUCCAUCAGAUAAGCAAUCUCACAACAGUGGGAGCAGCAGAGGAAGUGAGGGUAACAACCGCCUAUCUCGACAGUCUACUGACAGCCAUGGCAGUUCACACACCUCUGGCAUUGAGGCUGACUCAAGACAACACAUAUCUAUGGAGAUGUCUGUGGAUGAACCCUUUGGGAUGGAUCCAAUCCAUCAGAAGGAGCAGUCUUGCAGUUCCAACAUCAGUUACAGUAGCUCUGGAAUUGAUAGCAGCAGCAAAGAUAAAGCCGAAAAUGACUUGCACGAUGAUGAGGUGGAAUUGGCUGUAGAUGAGCCAGACACUUUACCUGCGGAUGAAUCUCAUUUUGAAGAAAUGUUCUAUGAGGAAUCUGUUGAUUCUCAAGCAAAAGAUGAUAUUUGGUGCCAAGAUAUUGACAAGCACCCUCUAUCUGCAGUACAUGUCACCGUAAUAAAGGUCAAAGGCCAGAGUGCGGACUCACUUAAUCAGAUUAACCUACCCAAAGCAGCAAAGUCUCCAGAGCAGCACAGCCAAAGUCUAGAUGACGUCCGUCUGCGUAAAUGUCUACAUCCACCACUGAGUACCACGUUGUCUUCGGAUACCUCUCACAGUUAUACAUUUGGUUGUGCCUUAGAGGACAAGCUAGCCAGCUAUGGAUAUGUGUAUUCAACAGCCGAUUGUAAAACUAAGUCAGCCCUCUAUGGAAAGAGGUCCAUGAACUGCUUGUCUUUAGAUCUCUUGGGAGAAGAUCCGUUCCCAGAAGAAUUUGUGGUGUAGCCACAUGGCGGAAGUCUCUCGGACCAUCUUUUCAGAG